CGUAUUUUGCAUUUUAUAUUUUCUCAUAUGUACAGUUGCAGCUUCACAGGUUACUUUUUCGCACUCUUCGUGUCGUUCGGUUGUAUAGAAUUUUUAUCGUCAAUCGUAAUUUGUUAUUUUGUUAACUAUGUGGUUAAGUGGAUUUGUGAUAAAAGUGUUUACAAGUUUAACAUGAUCGUGUAAAUCGAAACACAACGUUAGUUUUUUUUUCUCCGUAGCGUAAUUUGUACUUUUUUUCUCAUUAGUACGUGUUUUUUUUGCCUGCAAGCUUUCUCGUGUAAAUGCAGUUUACCCGGAGACCGAACUACGACGAGUAUGAAGUAUAAUAUUUAUCAGUAUAAAUAAUACGCGGUCGAAUUGUUAUCACUCGAGUACCCGAUUAUGACAAAUCCAAAAAUUCACAAGCUCGACUUUCCAAAAUGUAUGAUAGAUGGAGAAAAAUUCGUAAAAUGGGACGAGGAUGGUAUGGUUGGUACACCAGUUACUCUGAAAAUCGACAGAUAUGGAUUUUAUCUACAUUGGGCAGAUCAGAACUCGGAAUCGGAUCUUUUGGAUUUGGCUCUAUUACGUGAUACGAGAACCGGAAAAUAUGCUAAAAUACCCAAGGAUCCGAAAUUACGACAACUCGUCAAUAUCGGCACGUCGGCCGAUAGCUUGGAUGAAAAAACGGUCACCAUGGUCUUUGGCACGGAUUUCGUUAACUUGACGUUCAUAAAUUUUUGUUGCACCAAGAAAGAAGUAGCUAAGCUGUGGACUGACGAGUUGAUGAAAUUAAUAUGUAACCGGGUUCAGGCAAAUGCUUCAGCACUGACAUUCUUGUUGAAAGCGUACACAAAACUUACCCUGCUUCCUGAUAGAAGUGGAAAAAUACCAGUUAAAAAUGUGUUUAAAAUGUUCACCCAAAAUAAAGAAGAAAGGAAGAAGAUCGAGAGAGCUUUGGAAUUAUCCGGCCAUAAUUGCGGAAAAACUGACGUCCUGAAUCCGGCGAAUUUUACUUUCGAACAUUUUCUGACGUUUUACCAAAAUUUAGUGCUGAGAACAGAAGUGGAGAAAAUAUUCGAAAAUUUGUGUGCGAGCUGCGGCGAACGAAAUGAUAAAUUUAUGUCGAUCGCGCAGUUUGUUAAUUUUAUUAAUAAGGUUCAACGAGAUCCAAGACUGAAUGAAAUUUUACAUCCGUACGCGAACGCGUCUCGAGCGAAGGAUUUAAUCGCGGAACACGAACGAGACCGAAAGUACGCGGAACAUGGUCAUUUGAGCUUCGACGGUUUCCUCAGAUACCUCAUGAGCGAAGACAAUCCAAUUAUGACUGGCUCAAAAUUAGAUUUAAGUGAUGAUAUGGAUCAACCAUUGGCUCAUUAUUUCAUUAACUCUUCUCAUAAUACUUAUUUGUCGGGUCAUCAACUGACGGGUAAAUCAUCUGUGGAAAUGUACCGGCAAUGUUUACUGGCCGGAUGCCGUUGCGUCGAAUUGGAUUUUUGGAAUGGUAAAACAGACGAACCGGUUAUCGUGCACGGUUACACAUUUGUUCCGGAAAUUCCGGCCCGUGACGUUAUCGAAGCGAUUGCCGAGUCUGCUUUCAAAACAUCCGAAUAUCCGGUCAUCUUAUCUUUCGAAAAUCACUGCAAUCCGAGACAGCAAGCAAAAAUUGCUCAAUACUGUCGAGAGUUCUUCGGCGAGAUGUUACUCGAUGCUCCGCUGGAAUCGCAUAAAUUAGAACCGGGUGUUGCGCUACCUCCGCCUUCUCUACUUAAAUAUAAAAUUAUAAUUAAGAAUAAGAAGAAACACCAUCACCACCAUCACCAUCAUCAUCAUAGAAAUACUCAAAAGAAGACGACCACGCCGAGCGCGUCUACCGAAGUUGAAACACCAGCGGCAGCUGCUCCGGCUUCUUCUGCCCCAGUCGUCAACAACGGUAGCCCGAAUUCUAUCGGUAACGGCGAAGUCAAGCAGCAUCCGUCGCCAGUCCGUCAAGGCAGUAAAGAUAGUUCGCAAGAUAAUGAAGAAGACGAUGACGACGACGAUGAAAGCAGCACCGGUAUGGAGGACGAAGACGAUGAAAGUACCGGAGCGGAAGAAAUCAAAUUACAAAUGCAAGGCAAACCUGCCCCUGAUAAAGUUUCGUCCAGGAAGGAAACCGAAGCGGGGGCUGAAAUUUCAGCUUUGGUUAAUUACGUUCAGCCUAUUCACUUUAUAUCUUUCGAAAACGCCGAGAAAAAAGGUCGGAGUUAUGAAAUGUCAUCGUUUGAUGAAAAACAAGCGACGACGUUGCUGAAAGAAAGGCCUAUCGAGUUUGUGAAUUACAAUAAAAAUCAGUUGAGUCGAGUUUAUCCGGCCGGCACCAGAUUCGAUUCGUCGAAUUUUAUGCCGCAAGUGUUCUGGAACGCCGGAUGUCAACUUGUUGCUAUAAAUUAUCAAACUUUAGAUCUCGCCAUGCAACUGAAUCUCGGCAUUUUUGAAUAUAAUGCCCGGUGCGGAUAUCUUCUUAAACCGGAGUUCUUGCGGAGACGCGACCGCUGCCUGGAUCCAUUCGCUGAAUCCACCGUUGACGGUAUUAUUGCGGGAAGUGUAACCAUUCAUGUCCUUUCUGGGCAGUUUUUAAGUGAUAAACGCGUCGGAACUUAUGUCGAAGUCGAUAUGUUCGGUUUACCUGCCGAUACUGUCAGGAAGAAGUUUCGUACCAAAAUCGUACCGAAUAAUGGCAUCAAUCCUGUAUACGACGACGAACCGUUUGUUUUUAAAAAGGUUGUACUACCCGAUCUGGCAUCCAUAAGAAUAGCAGCUUACGAAGAUUCUGGUAAACUAAUCGGACACCGUGUGCUGACCGUGAUCGGCCUGUGUCCCGGAUACCGACACGUUGGUCUUCGAAACGAAUCCGGACAACCGUUAUCCCUAGCGACGCUGUUUCUCAAUGUCGUCGUCAAAGAUUACGUUCCCGAUGGUCUUUCAGAUUUCGCGGAAGCGCUCGCGAACCCGAUUAAAUUUCAAUCCGAUCUGGAAAGAAGAUCAACCCAAUUGGCUGUACUGAUGGAUGACGACGCACCGACUGCCGAUUCCAGUCAAGCCGCAGCCGGCGACGAGGCAGCCGCCAAACCGGCUAAAAAGCAUCAACCUAGUUUCCCGGAUUUGGCGGUUACCAAUACUCUGGUACCGGUGCCUCGCAUACCCAUCACUCCCAGCCUGUUUCCAAGCUCUUCCGAUGCGUCAGACGAUACCGAAACUACCACCAAACUGUCCACGUCUUCUCCAUCCGUCGAAGGGUCUAGUUGUAAGACUUCGCCCAAAAUUAUGCCGCCCUCGUCGCCGUCUUUGAAUGACGAAUUGGAAGCUGAAACGUUGGAAAAACUUAUGGAAAAUAAAGCUGUUAAAGAGAAAAAAGCAGAAUUGGAGAAGAAAUUGGAAAUGUUGAGGAAAAAAUUCGAAAAGGAGAAAAAUCGCAUGCAAGGAACAAAAUCAAGUACAGAUACGGACAAAUCAAAAUCAAAAUUCUCUGUCAGCAAUAGACUAGUGAAAAGACUUAGUAUCAAGAGCAUAGAUAACAUUGCGUCCAGUCUUGCUCAUAUAACUCAAGAGGUGCCAGAAUCAGGUGAAACUGAGACUGAUCCUUCGGCAGCGCCUACUCAUAAAUUUACACGAUCUCAAUCCGAAAAACUACUUACAGCCAAUCGAGAUUUUAUUCAACAAGAAAAAGACCUGAAAGAAAAAUACCAUGAUAUUAUUUUUAACUGUAUCGAUAAAUUAAUGCGUACGUCACAAUCGAAUCAAGUGAAAACCUUGAGAGCGCUGCUGGAAAAAGAGACUGAUGCUGUGAUGCGACGUUUAGAAGCCAGUCGACGUGAAGAGGUGAAAACUCUUUCGAAAAAGCAUAAAGAUAAGGACGAAAUGACCAGAAUUAAACGUGAAGUAUCCAGCUCGAUGGUUGAGAAAGGAGUCAACGAACGAAUGCGACUCACCCAGAUAUACGAGAAAAGGAAAGAAGAGUUGGAAAAACACCAUCAAGAAGUGCGCCAACAUAUUGAAGAGGAGAAGAACAGAGCAAAGACUGCCAUUCUGCACGAAUACGAAGAAAAAUUGCGCCAUCUCGAAGAAAAAUAUAAAAUAAUUCUAGAAGACGACGGAGGCGCUAAAGAAGCAGCUUAGAAAAAUAUCGCAAACAUAUUCCGGAUCAUUAGAUUUAAACAUUUCGACUAAACCAAUCUUGGUUUUUCGAUAAAUCGUAGAAUAAACUACCCGAUGAAGGGCAGUGAUUCACGUCAGCCCUGGUUCAGUUGUUUAAUUUUGAACAAGGCUUCGUCAAGUUUCAAGUUAUUCAGCUUGGUUUUUGGAAAAUCAACCGGAAUCGUUAACUCGUGUUAUUUUUGUUUCAUAUUAAUAACAAAUGUGUACGAACAGAGCAAUAUUAUUUUUUAAUGUACAUAAAUACAUAAAAUCGGAUAAAGAAAAUUUUACGCUUUAACGACAAAAAAAAGUACAUUGAUUAAUUUACGAUAUUGCUAUUUUACUCGUAGAUUUUAGAACGCAGAGAUACCGAACGUGAUUAUUUAUUCUAGUUUAUAGAAUAUACCGGUUCAUUUUAUUGUUUUUUUUUUUAAAUUUUUGUUUGUUUGUUUUUUUUUUCGUUUUCAUUACGAAACUAUAUGUUUCAGUAUUUUUUAAUAAUUUUGUUUCCAUUCCCCCUCUCUGUUUCUUUGUCACCCCGUUUUUUUCUCGAAUUGUUUGUUUACGUAAGGAUUAGUUUUACAGAGUAGAAUCCGCUCAGAGAGGCUUUUUCUAUACGAUUUGUAAUAUGGAUUAAGGAUUAAUACAUUUACAAUCACAUUAUCAUUAAGGUUUUUUUGUUUAGGUAUAAUGUACUAUUUUUUUUUCUUUUCGUUAUUUUUAUUUUCAUGUAGUGCUGUUUUUUUUUUUUAUUAUUUUAUUUGUUUAUUUUUUAACUUGUGGAAAGUGAAUUUUUACAAUUGGCUUCUGCCAUGCCAGCGGAACCAUUAUGUUUUCCAUGAUCCGUUAUAUACUUGUGCUUUUAUGACUUUUUAUCUUUCUCCUUCCGGAAAACCCCAUUGAUUGUGCCAUGAAAAGUUUUCUUUUCUUGUAUAGGUUAAGUUCGAGACGAAAUGGUCGCUUGAAAGCUUACGAGAGCGUGUUAGUUACCGCGUGUGUGCAAAACUUCUCAAUCAGGUUACCAGAACAAUUCAUCGAGUUCAAAAUUUUACUUUAAACCUUUUAUUGCAUUUAUUUUAUUGUGUGUAAAUCUACCUACCUACUUACGUACUUUAUCUCUAUUUUUUCUUUCUUUUUUGUUUCUUUUUCUUUUUUUUUUUUGUUCACUUUGUAAUUUGUUAGAAUUUGACAAUCAGUAUUUUGUUUGACGUACGAGUAUAUUGAGUGAGUGCAGUUUUUUAGUUUUUUCCGAACGUUAUUGACAUUUUGGAAAAUUUUUCGGGUAUUGGAUAAGAAGGGAGGAGGGGUUGGUUUGAUUCAAGAGCGUUUGAAAAAAAUUGAAAUAAUCUAUCGAUGAAGUGAUGAAAAUUAAUUUUGAAAUGUUUUUUUGUGUCAGUUUUGAAUUUUUUGUAGGUAGAUAGGGGAUUUUUUUUUUUUAGUAAGUAUCUACCUAAUGAUAUUUUUUUGCAAUUUUCAAAAAAAAAAAUUAUGUUGAGCAAGGGAAUUUUUUGGGAAAAUUUCGCUACGAAAAUUCUUAGAUCAAAAUUAAAAUUACGUCAACUUGAAACGUCACUUAGAUAAUCACAUUUCUGAGUAUCUCCUUUUUUAUCAUGUAAAUCAUUUCCACUUCAUACGAAUAAAAACUAAAGAAUUGCAAUCAUCCGGAACAUUUUCCAUUUAUUUUUGAAUUGAAGAACGAAACACUCGAAUUAAGCGUGAUCGUUGUACGAUUAAAGAUUGAGGAAAAAAAAUUAAUCGAAGUUUGAAAAAUUUUCCAUUAUGCAUUUUAAUACAUUUUCUUUCAUAAGUUACAUACUUCUACUUACCGUUUGUUUUGUUUCUUUUAUUUUCUAAGAUUUGUUUCGUUUCAUAUUUAGCUUGGAAAUUAAUCGCGCAGGUUUCUUUAUAGUACAUAUGUGGCAGCAAGAGAGAAGUUACCAUUGAAUGAAAAAAAAAAAAAAUUGUCGUACCUGUAUGAGAGAUCUUCUGAAAUUAAUCGGCCUAAUUUACCCCUCUCUCCCUUUGUUUUGCGACCCCCAUUGACAUUAGUGUUGGAAGAUAUGGUAUAUAUACAUAUGUAGCCAAGAUGGUGCACGACGACUGCCACCAUUAUGAGAGUAUAUCGCAUCGUUAAAAAUAAUCAAUAUAUAAGCGCUAUGAAAUAAUUUUGACUUUUAUUAUGAUCUUUUUGGCUGUGUAAUUUGGCAUAGUGUUCUUACUACGAGAGAUUUUUAUCAAUAGAUCGAUGUAUUAAUACUUAAGCUUUUUGUAGUUUACCAGUAGCGUUUAGUUUGUUAAUAAACUUUGUGAUGUCAGUGAUAAAACCGAAAUGCAUUUAUGUUGUAGUGUAAAAUAAAACAAUUUAAAUUGUGAGA